AUACAACACUGGGUAAAAACAACGCAAGACGAUUUUUAGAAAGAAAAUUAGCGUGAAAUUUUUGUUUGCAUAAAAUAUUUGAGAUUGGUAGAAGGUUCGUAAACCAAGUUCGUUAAAAGAACGUUUGUGAGUCUAUACAACUGUAGAAUUAAUAUAAAUAAGUCCCGAGACCGUUACUUUCCUCUUUUCACCGCUUUAUUUUGUGUUGCAUUCAGCAAAUAAACGGCUGUCUUAUUGGUUUUUUUUUGCGAUUGGCAUAUACCAAUUAGCGGAGUACCACAUAGUAGCCAUCGCAAACUAAACGAAGUAGAAAAGGAAAGAACAAAUAAAUUUACAAAAAAAAAAGUCAAUAAAUUUCACAGCAAAUUAAACCUUUUAAAGUUAUCAUGAGCACCGGAGAAGAUUGCAGUCUACCGUCAACGCCACCAGAAGCCCCUGAAUCUCAAGAUCAGGCCAAUCCCCGAGAACUAGAGAAAAUUGAAGAAGAAAAAUUGAAGUCCAAGUAUCCAUCUGGUUUGCGUGGCCCUGGAGGUCAUUCGGCUUUCCUUCAAAAACGGUUACAGAAAGGUCAAAAAUUUUUUGACUCUGGCGAUUACCAAAUGGCAAAGCAGAAAGGCGGUGGAGUUAAGCAAGUAUUUGCCAAUAAAGUGGCAACUGGUGAAGCAAUACCUACUCCGGAAACGGUGCCUGCUCGGAAAACUUCAAUAAUACAGCCUUGUACUAAGUUCCCUACGACGAGUUAAAAUAAUUACCUAGCUCUUAGAGUUUAUUUUUGCAGGGAAAAUAUUACCCUAUUUUGCAAAACAAGUUUCUUAUAUUUUAAAUAUUACUCACCAGUCCGCUCUAUCUAUACCAUAUGAAUAAUAUCAAUAAAUUAAUUGCUAAAUAACAUUUGAAUUUAAAAUUUCCAUUA